CGCAUGUUUACCCAUUUGUGAGUAUGCCUUGUGUGUGUGAGAGACAUGAAGGUUCUGUGCACAUGAGCAAGAUGCCAGCUGUGUGUGUGUGUGUGUUUGACAGAAAGGCGGUGUUUGUUGUCAGGAUGUCUCUCCAUGCAGGUUAAAUGAUUUUAGGGUUCACACAUUAAGCAGCGAUCAUGUUGACCCACCUCAGAGCCCGUAGCAGGAGUUUGUUCCCCAGCUACAAGCCCGGCAGCCGGACUCAAGCCGUCAAAGAGCCGCCAGACUAUCUGGAAUUUACCAACACCUUUAUGAAGCCAUGGAACUCCAUGCAGGAUCUGGGCAGAGACAUCUAUGAUCUUUAUGCUGAGUAUGAAAACGAGGAGGAGGAAGAUCGACUCCCGGUGUCUCCUUCCCGCGUGCUGCUCUCUCCAACCAAACACUUCAUUCUCAACAUCAACGUGGGAGGAACGGUGUACCAUUUGCCCUACAGGUUAGCUGCCAGGUAUCCAAAGACAAGGAUCGGCCAAUUGGCCACAUACACAGACCACAGCAGGAAGUUGGACCUGUGUGACGACUAUGUCGUUCAGAGCAACGAGUUCUUCUUCGACCGGGACCCGAAAAUCUUCCACAACAUCUUCAACUUCUACAGAACUGGAGUGUUGUACAUUAAAGAUGAGCUGUGUCCCCGCAACUUCCUGGAGGAGAUUAACUACUGGGGCGUCAGAAUCAAAAACAGUCAACGCUGCUGCCGCAUCUCCUUCGAAGAGAGGCAGGAUGAGCUCAACGAGCAGCUGAAAAUACAGAAACAGCUGAUAGCAGAGCUGGAGAUGGAGGAGAACGAGGUGUUAUUUGAUGGCUUGGCCUUCGGGUCGACACGAAAGAUGAUCUGGAACCUGGUGGAGAAGCCGUUCUCCUCGGUCACCGCCAAGCUGGUGGCCGUCGCCUCCUCCAUGUUCGUGUUGGUCUCUCUGGUCGCCAUGACACUCAACACUGUGGAGGAGAUGCAGUACAAGACGGCGUCGGGCCAGCUCAGUGGCAGAUUCUAUGGCGAGUACGUGGAGACAUUCUGCAUCACCUUCUUCACCCUGGAGUACCUGCUGCGCCUGGUGUCCACCCCCGACCUCAAGAGUUUUGGGCGCAGUGUGCUGAACACUGUCGACUUGAUCGCCAUCCUGCCGCACUACCUCCAGAUAGCCCUUGAGUGCUUCGAGGACGAAGACCUGCACCCGCACUCUGGGGACAUUGAGACAGUAGCACGUGUUGGAAAGGUGGGCCAGGUGCUGAAGAUCAUGCGGCUGAUGCGAAUCUUCAGGAUCUUGAAGCUGGCUCGUCACUCGACAGGCCUCAGAGCCUUUGGCUUCACACUGAGACAGUGCUACCAGCAGGUGGGCUGUUUGCUGCUCUUCAUCGGCAUGGGCAUCUUCAUGUUUUCGGCCAUGGUGUAUACUGUGGAGCACGAUGUUUAUAACACCAACUUCACCUCCAUGCCACACGCAUGGUGGUGGGCUGCUGUGAGUAUUUCCACAGUGGGCUACGGCGACAUGUUCCCCGAGACCAACCUGGGUCGCAUCUUUGCCUUCGCCUGCAUCUCCUUUGGCGUCAUCCUCAAUGGCAUGCCCAUCUCCAUCCUCUACAACAAGUUCUCCGACUAUUACACCAAGCUCAAGUCCCAUGAAUACGCCGCCGUCACCAAGGCCCGCGGGAAGGUGCAUUUCGCCAAGAGGGCGGCAAAGAGGUUCGCAGAGUGCUGCGAGGACGCCGUGCAGCCGAGGACAUCCCGUCUGCGGUGAGCCCGGCUUUACAUUUCCAAGUCCACGGUAAGAUUUAUAUGGAAGCAGGAGCGACUGUCAGGGAUGUGAAAUGAACCAGAGACAUUUUGUACAGUCGGUUUAACCAUUGAGACCCUGUGGCAAAAUUAGACUACACAGUCAUGGUGGCAUGACCUGUUUGGACCUCUGUCAAGACACUUCUGGCUCACUCCGAUGUCAGGACUGUAUUUUUUCCUGAGGGGACCUUUAAUUAUUCAUUCGUCUUCCAUACCUGUUUACUCCUGUUAACCCCAUCCCAGCAUGCAUUGUAAGAAAGGUAGAGAAACAACCUGUGAAUGGGUGUGGUGGAUUUGGUGAAGAUUAAAAAACAAAAAACACUGUUGACUGAUUUGCCAAAAUGCUCUGUAUUCGUUCUGACGCUCUUUUUAUAUCUACAUACUGUACAGCUACACUAAAGCUGUCUGCACCACCAUCAUCACCGUCCUCUACUCUUCAUCCAUCCACUCUGCCCAUUAGGCUCUAAAGCUCACAAGUAAUCCAGGAUUCAGGAACGUCAGCAGGACUGAAAUAAAUCAUAUUGAAGACCUGACAUCUGGACGAUGGAUAUUAGAUCUG